UAUUUUAUCAAGUCUGUCGAUCCAAUUCCAGUUUUAAUAAACCAAAAAAUCCCUAUCAAAAAUAAAAUAAGGAGGCUCAAACUGCCUGCCUCUCUAGGGUUCUUUCUCGUCUCGCAAAUCUAACCCAAAGACCGCAGCUUUGCCGAAACCAUGGUGGAUUUCUGUACCCCAACCACUGUAAAGAUCUUCUCACCAGUUUUUCAAUCACCAUCUUAGCAGAAAAAGCUCACACAGAUUUCAGCUUAAAAGGGUUUUUGCUCCUCUGUUUUUAGAUUCAAAUUUUGCGUCGGAGAUUCAGUUCCUGAUUAAUUUUUAGGGUUUUAGUUUACUGGGUUCUGUUCAGUUUUCGCGUUCUUCGAUUACAUUUGAAUAUCUAUACCUAUUAUAUAUAUAUAUACACACAUAUCUAUAUACUGGGCAUAUAGAAGAAGAGUGUAGGAAAUGGAGGGGUUUGAGAGUAGGGAUAGUAAUCAAGAGGCUGCCUCUUCUAUCCCUCAAGAUCUCAACCAUUUGCAGCUUAAUUCCUCAGGAGAGGUAUUUGACGCAUCACAGUAUGCAUUUUUUGGUAAAGAUUCUGUUGGGGAAGUUGAGUUGGGAGGUUUAGAUGAAGAAGAGGAGGCUCCAGUCGAUGAGGAGGAGUUUCUAUAUAAUAGACAAGAGGGUGACAUAUCUCUAUCUGAUAUUGAUGACCUAUCAUUAACCUUUGAAAAGUUACACAAGGAUGUUAGUGGACCUAGGAGUGCUGGAGUAAUUGGUGAUAGAGGAUCCAGAGAAAGUUCAUCUGCCGCUGAGUGGGCGCAGGAGCAUUUCCCUAACUGGAUUGAUGAAGAGAUACUUGAUGCUGAAAGCACUGAGGGCGGGAAACGAUGGUCUUCACACCCAUAUUCUUCAGCUCAUCCCGCAGAGUUGAUGCCGCCUUUGUGCAGAACUUCUUCAUAUCCUGAGCCCCAACAACAGCAGCUACAGCAGCUACAGCAGCAGCACCAUCAACAUUUUUCCAGUGAACCAAUUCUGGUGCCGAAAUCAGUUUUCACUUCUUAUCCGCCUCCUGGUGGCAGACCUCAGCAGGCUUCGCCGAACCGCCAAGCAAGCCACCUGAACCCAUAUCUUUCUGGUGGACCCCGGGGGGGAUUAUCUUCACCAAAUCUAUCUCCUUACUCUAGUUCUCAACUUCAACUGAAUGGAUUACCUCAUGGAUCACAUUUUGGGGGAAAUUUGCCUCAGCUUAACCCUGGCCUGUCUAAUAGCCGACCCCAAAAGCAACGGGCCAAUCAAAGUGGUGUUUAUGGAGAUCAUCCUGGUCUUAUGAACAAUUUGUUGCAACAACAGCUAGCUCAUCAGAAUGGUUUAAUGCCUCCACAAUUGAUGCAUCAGCAACAGUCACAACCACUAGCUCAUCAGAAUGGUUUAAUGCCUCCACAAUUGAUGCAUCAGCAACAGUCACAACCUCAGGACCCUAGACUGCAUCAUCCAGUUCAGCCACCGUUUAAUCAUUUGCCGGCAAUGCAGUCUCAACUAUUUAACCCCCAUCUUUCUGCAUCCCCGCCCUUGAUGAGCAAGUUUGAAGCAAUGCUUGGUAUGGGUGAUCUUGGAGAUCAAGGGCCAAAAUUAGCUCAGAAAGGUAGACCAAAUAUGCGUUUUUCUCAACAUGGAUUUGAUACAGCUAGCCACAGGAGGGAAGGUGGGUGGCCACAAUUUAGGUCUAAGUAUAUGACAGCUGAAGAAAUUGAAAAUAUACUCCGAAUGCAGCUAGCUGCGACACACAGCAAUGACCCAUAUGUGGAUGAUUACUACCACCAGUUUUGCCUUGCAAGAAAAUCUGCUGGGGCCAAGUUGAAACACCAUUUCUGCCCAACUCAAUUAAGGGAUCUUCCUCCUCGAGCACGAGCUAAUACUGAACCACAUGCUUUUCUCCAGGUUGAUGCUCUUGGGAGGGUCCCCUUUUCCUCAAUACGUAGGCCUCGCCCUCUUCUUGAAGUUGAGCCUCCAAAUUCAUCUAGCCCUGGCAACACUGAACAAAAGGUUUCUGAGAAGCCGCUAGAACAGGAGCCAAUGCUUGGUGCUAGGGUUGCAAUUGAGGAUGGGCUUUGUCUUCUCCUGGAUGUGGAUGACAUUGAUCGUUUUCUGCAAUUCAAUCAACUCCAAGAUGGUGGAACCCAGUUGAGGCGUAGGCGGCAGGCCUUGCUUGAAGGACUUGCAGGAUCUCUUCAAUUGGUUGACCCACUCGGGAACAAUGGCCCCACAGUUGGGCUUCAUAAGGAUGAUCUUGUAUUUCUAAGGUUAGUCUCACUUCCCAAGGGCCGGAAGCUCCUGGCAAAGUACCUGCAGCUUUUAUUUCAAGGUGGUGAGCUCAUGCGAGUAGUCUGUAUGGCCAUCUUUCGUCAUUUAAGGUUCUUGUUUGGUAGCUACCCUACUGAUCCAGGGGCUAUAGAAACUACAAGUGUUCUUGCAAGGGUUGUUUCAUCAUGUGCUCGAGGUAUGGACCUUGGUGCACUUAGUGCCUGUCUUGCAGCAGUGGUUUGUUCCUCAGAGCAACCCCCCCUUCGCCCCCUUGGAAGCCCCGCAGGAGAUGGGGCCUCUCUUAUCCUCAAUUCAGUUCUUGAGAGGGCAACUGAACUCUUAACUGAUCCUCAUGCUGCAAGCAACUACAAUAUGACCAAUCGCCAACUUUGGCAGGCCUCCUUUGAUGAAUUCUUUGGCCUUCUGACCAAGUAUUGUGUAAAUAAAUAUGAUACAGUUAUGCAGUCACUGCUAACUCAGGCCCCUCCGAAUGUGACUGUUAUUGGCUCAGAUGCAGCCAGAGCUAUUGGUCGUGAAAUGCCUGUUGAGCUGUUGCGUGCUAGCCUUCCUCACACUGAUGAGCAUCAGAGACAACUGUUGUUGGACUUCACGCAGCGGUCUAUGCCCAUAGGAGCAUCUAACAGUCGUGAUGGGGGAAAUGGUGCUCACAUGAAUUCAGAGUCUGUGCUGAGCUGAUGCUAAACCAUGUGGGGAGAUCUGAGAAACAGAAUUUUGAGAAGGAAAAUGAUGUGAGAAGACAUUCUAUUGGAUUGCGAAAUUGUUGGGUUCUUUUCUACUCGUGCUUUUACUUGUGAGCAAAAUGCAACAUCUUAAGCAAAUAAAGUGGGUGUUUAAGGGCAUAUAUAUGGUUCGGGUAAGUUUAGUAGUUUAGUGUCACAUGUUUUCGUUUUCAUUAAUUUCAUGCUUCUCUUGAAAAACUUGUAAUCAAGCCUCUCUUUGUAAUCCCUUCAAAUCUUGAGGGACAGUCCGUCCUUUUUAUAUAUUUUAGGAGGGGGAUUGGUGGAGUAGAUGUGUUUCCUCGACUUAGGAGCUUAUUUUGAUGCUCUGUUGUGGAAUUUCUUAAGAUAGAGAUGUAGGAGGGCUUUUACUUUGAUGCUUUGCUGUGGGAUCCUUAAAAUAGCAAUGUAGGACGGGGGUAUGUACAGUGUUCAGUGCAGUUGAUCUCCCGCAUUCUUGUAAGGAAAGGGGUGUGACCGGCUGCAAGCAACUUUUACUGAUGCUGGUCUAGGGAAGGCAGACAGAUGCAGCACAAAAGUCAUUCCGGAAGAUUGCUUUGUGAGCUGAAGCGACAAGUACUAGGUUGUUUGAGGGCAGUACCAUUGUGCAGGCUCGCAUUCGUUACUAAAUAAUAUUCAAGAAUGUCGGAUGAAAGUCCUUGUUUUGGUUACGUUCGAUUCUUCUACAGUAAUUUCAACAGGGGGCCAUUCAGGUAUCAUACAGGUUCUCGUCCUUUAGACAUGCAGUAGUUUGUUCAUUCUGUGCUGGUUGGAUUUGAAACUUGAAAAAUAGUAUGUUACAUUUGGCUGGUGCUGUCUGUAUGGACGCCCUUUAUCAUCGUAUUGUUUCAGUUGACUGUUAAGUUGUGAUAUCUUUUUAGAUUCUGGGCGGCCUAAUUUCGCGAGAUAUAGAUUCUAUCCUACAACCGGGUAAUAUAUCUCCCCUAAUUUGGAGCUGCUAGUUUACUGUUUGUUGGAUGUUGCGUUUGUGUCUGUACCAAUUAUCUGAAAAAAAGAGGAAAAAAAUCCCUCUUACAAGAAAA